CCAAGACAACAUCUCUCUCUUCCUCCGGAAAAGCGGCGUCAAAUCAAGUACCCGCCCGAUUGCCACAGUUUCAGUGCCAGAUGCCGAAUGCCGCUCGGGGAUAACCUUGCGGAGCACUGCAUAAUUCUCCAAGGCGCGUCGACUGGUUGUGCUACUUGGGCGUGGUGGUCAGCUUGGAAACUCUGUCGGGUAAGGGACCAAACAGCUAGUCGUUGCUUCCACCAGGAGACACUAUUCAUAAUUUCGAGGGAGCUCCUUCUUCUUUCCAUAAAUUAAUACACUUCUCAACUGUUUAUAACCUUCACUCAAGUCCGAUUUCCGGCCUGACUCAACCCUUCUCCCAUCUCCCCUCGUUCCUUUUCUUGCAACCUCCAACUACCCCUCCUCUGACCUCCAUAGAGCUUGAUCAAGCUUCUUCAACCUCCAUCUAUCUCACUUCUACCAGAAAACAUUCUCAUACCUCACGUAACCAUGGCCACUAACGGUCAAACCAAUGGUCACACCAAUGGCGGGGUCGCAGCAGAGUCGAGAUUUGAUCCCACCUUCACCCAGAAAGUCAUCGACGCAACGGGCCCCAAGUGCACCCCACGUCUUCGCAAGUUGAUGGGCAGUCUUAUUCGCCAUGUUCACGACUUCGCCCGUGAGAAUGAGCUCACCGUUGAGGAGUGGAUGCAAGCUGUGGACAUGCUCAAUUGGGCUGGCAAGAUGAGCGAUGACAAGAGGAACGAAACUCAAUUACUCUGCGACAUCAUUGGUCUUGAAUCCCUCGUCGAUGAAAUCACAUUCAAGCUUGCUGCUGAGACCGACGAUGCAGCUACUGCCAGUGCCAUCUUGGGCCCCUUCUUCCGACACGAUGCCCCGAUCCUCAAGAACGAUUCCUGCAUCGUACAUGGUGUUGAUGAUGGUGAGAGUACAUAUAUGCAUGGCAAGAUCUUGGACUCGGUUACAAAGAAGCCUGUCGCUGGUGCUUGGGUAGACAUCUGGCAAGCUUCGACCAAUGGAAUGUAUGAGCAACAAGAUCCGAACCAGGUGGAGUUCAACCUUCGUGGAAAGUUCAAGACCGAUGAGAACGGAUACUAUGGACUUUAUUGUUUGAGACCAACUACCUAUCCUGUUCCGUACGAUGGUCCUGCUGGAAAGCUUCUUGACCUUCUUGACAGACACCCUCACCGCCCAGCUCACAUUCAUGUCAUCGUCCAAAAGGAUGGUUUCAAACCUGUUACCACUCAAAUAUUCGAUCGCAAGGAUCGCUACCUCGUUGACGAUUCCGUCUUCGCCGUCAAGGACUCUCUCAUUGUUGAUUUCAAGCCUCUCUCUGGUAAUCCCAAGGCUGUAUUAGAGCUCGAGUACGACUUCUUCAUCGCUCCUCAAGGAGAAUCCCACAAGCGUGAGUAGACGAGUGGAUUAGCGAGAGAAACCGGAUAUCGAUGCAAUACUUUUGGAGUGUCAAGGAUAUUUCGAGGGUGGAGAGAAAGAACGUGACUUCGCGUUUUAGCAAUUUGCUUGGCAUAACACGUCCCGCAUCCGACGAGAUCGGCUAUGCAUCGGAUGAUGCACCACAUGGAAGGUAUUAUGGAGCAUGGUUUUAUUUGCGCCGCUUUAUAGCAUGGCUUUCUUUCUUGAUCUCUCUGAGAUAUAAAAAUGGAUGUUUCAG